AACAAACACCUCAGGUCGCCAAAUUUAAAUAACGAACAAUUAGGCUUGCAGAUGAAGGCAAUUUUCUUUUCCGUUCUCUCCUGCUCUCACUCUGCUGGUCAGAGACUGAACUAUCGAGGAGCUUCUGCAACUUUCGUCUCUCAGAUUCUUUCAUCCAUUAAUUGCCCUCGACGCUGGACAACUGCAAUUCGCCACCUCCGAAAACGACACGAGCCCCUCUCCUUCCUCUUGUAUCUGUUCAUUGCUCAUUGCUCUUGGUGAUCUCUCCGAACCCUUCCUUCAAGUUCUCUGAAGAUUUUCGAUUUCUUUCACUUGCAAUCAGCCAUCAUGCAGCCUACUAUGAAAAUUGUUUCCUUUCUGUUCCUUUUCCUCGUCAUAUUCACAAUACAUGCCACUGAUGCCGCACCCACUCCCGCUCCAAACUCAGAGAAGAUAAAAAGAUUGGGUCCAAGUGGAGGAGAGCGCAACCCCGAUUGGAUUCUGGGCUUCUACGGGGAAGAUGAAUACCUCGACGGAGAUGACAAGAAAGUCUUUGAAAAAACCCUGAACGACUUGGUAGUCGGUGAUGUCCUAUACAAGUAUAUGGGCGCGUACAAUAAAGGCAUCUAUCUCCUACUUGAAGAUUACGAGGUUAAGGGUGUGAAACAUGGCAAAGACACACUUAUUAUCAAAGUCAUCGGAGGCCUACGGAACCCAAAAAGUGUAGUGGAUAACAAAGUUUGGGGUGAAGUGAAAGCCUUGAAAGAUGUUGGUCUUUACGUCGACUCGGGGAUGGCUAAUGUUGAUAAUGGGAAGUAUCCUGUUAUUGUGAUGAAGCUGGUCAAGGGGGUGAUGAUUAAGGAUACCACGGAGUAUGAGAAUGCCAGAUUGGACCUCAGAUUGAAGUGGUUGGAAGAAGCCAAACCACUGGUAGAAGAGGAAGUCGUGAACAUUGCAGUUGAGAAGGGAAUCCUUCAAACUGAUUUUCAUCCUGACAACUUUCUUGUUGGCGGGAAAAAAACUCCUGAGGGUCUGGCUCUGGCUAUCCCCAUAACUGAAGCUCGACUUGUGGAUUGGGGAUAUCCCGGAGUUUUCAAAGUGAAAAAAGAUGUCACGAAGGAGGAAGUUAGAGCAUGGUUUGAGGCGCAGUGGAAAUUGAAGAGUUCAUUGUAGUGGUGAA